UAUAAUUUUUGUAUCUGUCUUGUUGUGUGGAUUAGAAAUUCAGCUGAGAGCAAAAUGUCUGUUUUCAUAAAUUUCGUCUAAAAAUAUUUACCUUAUUCUUCUGUAAAAUAACACGUCUUUGUACUUUGUUAUUGCUCAGUUACAUAAAUUGAGACUAGAACGUGUUAUUUGUAACUAUCCAAGUUAAAUUGUGAUCACAACAUCAUGGAUUCGUGUCUCGGAGUUGAACAAGAUUUAGACAAAGCUUUAUCGAAGUUUAAGUCUCUAAAUGAUAACUCUAGUAAAUUGCUACAGAAUAUUAUAGAUCAAGUGGAAGAAAUAAGGCAAGAAAUAACCAAACAUGCAGAUGACACUCAGCUGACUCCAGCACAGGCCAUGCUGAUCAGUGAUUUGGCUGCAACAGUCAAAACAACCACUGCCCAAAUGUCUACAGGUAAUUAUCACAGAGAACUGCACGCAACAGUUUCAAGGGUGGGCAAGUCCAUUGACAGGCACUUCAUUGCUGAUUAUGCAUCAGUAGCUCCAAAGGCAGAGUCCUUCUGUAAUGACGUCAACAGGCCUAUCAUGGAACAGGCCAUAGCUCAACAUUUGUAUAGACAGGGUCUUGAAGACGUGGGCGAUGCUUUCGUAUCGGAGGCUAAAAUAACGGGCGUGGAGCGCACUUGUACGUUUGCGUUGCUGCAACGUUGCGCGGCCGCGCUGGCUGAGGGCGAUCCCAGCGCCGCCCUCAACUGGGCCGAGCGCAGGGCACAUGAACUCCACAACUCACCUCUACCAUUCACCUUACAUAGAAUGCAGGCGCUUAAGUUGGCCCGCGAGCAGGGCGUGGGCGCGGCGAUAGAGUACGCGCGGCGGCAGUUCCCGCUGCACGCGGCGCGGCACGAGCGCGCGCUGCAGGCCGCCGUCUGCGCGCUCGCCUGGUGCACGCCCGGCGCCGGGCCCGCGCCGCCCAUCUACCAACAUCUACUCGACCCUAAGGCACUCGGAGCGGAGGCUGCGGAGUUGUUCAUAAAGGAGGCGUGCGGUCUGCUCCGCCUGGCGCCGCUGUCCCCGCUGGCGGGCGGCGUGCUGGCCGGCGCGCGCGUGUUGCCCGCGUUGCACGAUAUACGCUCCAAGAUGUCGCACCCACACGUCAUCGCCGCCUGGUCCGAUGAUGAACUGCCUUUCGAGGUGGACCUGGGCGAGGACGGCGGCGGCUACCACUCGGUGUUCGCGUGCCCCAUCCUGCGCCAGCAGGCCUCGGAGCAGAACCCGCCGAUGCGGCUCCUGUGUGGACACGUCAUCUCCAGGGACGCGCUCAACAAACUGGCCAUGGGGGCAAAAGUCUAUCCGUUGAGGUUGAAGUGCCCCUAUUGCCCGAUGGAGCAGUCGCCGUCUGAAGCCCGACAGAUAUACUUCUCGUGAACACACAAAACUGGAACAUUACCCACAUGGAAUCAGUUUCACAGAUAGCACAAGAGAAUGAACUUACCACAAAUAAACUGUGUUUGCACUGAAUCAGUAACCGCUCCGUAAUUUCAACCGUUUAUACCACUUUACUAGUGAAUGUUAAGCUAUUCCAACUGUUAUUACUUUGAAAUAAAGUUGAAAAUCUAUCAGAAAAUAUAACGGUUCGACGUAAGUUACCAUGCACAAUCGUCUGCAGUUUAAAAGUAUUAGGUAACUGUGUUGCCUAAUAACUAAUUUGGAUAUUUUCAACUCUCAAUCAAUUUACUUUUGAUUUCUGAUAUUUAGCACGGGAAUAAAACCGUUGCCGUGAUUCGCCUACAAAUUAUAGGUGAAUUAACAUAACAGGUAGAUUUUGUAUCAACAUAACUAAGAUAUUUUAAAUGCUCAAUGGGAUUUCACUAGUGUGCAUGUGGUAUAAACAAUACUCCAGACUUUGAUUAUAAUAAAAUUUACGUAAAUGAUGAUGCGUGAAAUGUAUAAUUUACUAAAAUGCCCAGUGCAUUACCUGUGUGUAGAAACUUGCUUCACUGCCAACAAAACAAAAAUAGUAUUGAACAUGAAUUAUAAUAAUUCUCUAAAACGGUUCUACAAUGAUCUUGUUAGUAAAUCAGCGCGCUACCACAAAAUCAAAGACUUUAGAAUUAGUAGCAGGACUGAGAAAACAUUUUGAUAAAUACUAAUCAUUAUUUUUAGCUUAUAAAAUUAGAGGUUAUUAGGCUUAUUUUUUAUAUUUGACGGUUGAGAAAAUUAGAAAAAAAGGAGUGUUGCUAUAUGCAAAAUAAAAAAUGGCAGCAGAAAGAUUAGUCAAAAAAAGAAUUGUCUUUGAUCUAAAUAUUUUUUUAAUAGAUGACGUAUGAAUGGUUUUGAAUAGCUGAGUUUUGUUGUACCUACUUGUAGUUUUGUGCAAUACAUAUACAACAUCCGAAUUAUAACAAUAAAGGACAUUAUUUUGGAAAAAAAAUAACACAUUUCUAAGCACAUAGAUGAAGAGAAAAGCACAGUCAUUCGGUGCAUCAGACUUAAAAUUUAAUUUAGUUCUAUAAUAGGUUAACUAAAGUUGGUCUCGAAGGAAAUAAAUCCUUUAUAGCGACGAUAAGUCAUGAUGGAAAUAAUAAUAUUGUAAUAAAUGUUAAAUAGGGUAGAAAACAUUAUAAUGUAAUUUUAAGACAGAAUAUUAUUAUUGUUUACGUACUGACUGGUUGUUAGAGCCAUGCUUUUGUUCUUUUUGUAAUAAAAUGGAUUCAGUAUUUCA